GUGAAGUUGAAUAUUAGAGACAUUCUCUUUCUUUAGUAAUUAUUUUUCAAGUCUAUUAACAAUAACCACAUAAAGUAAAUAAGUUGGAAAAAGUGUAGAUAAAUUAUUUUAUUUUUAAUUUUGUAAGCUUUUACUGAAAUAGUUUUAUUUUUUUUUUUAAAUAAAACUGAGAAAAAUCUAAAGUUUAAAAAGAGAUAAAAGUAACAGAAAGUUGGAUCUGUGAUCAAGAUUAACCUUACAAAGUAGUGAAAGAACUCCUAAAACGUCAGGAAAUAAAACUAAAAAGAAUAAACAAGUUAGAAAUAAAAAUCACACGCGAUGACAAAUUGUUUUAACGCAGUUGAGUGAUCAGUUGAACUAGACAUGCUAGUUUAUGAAUUUCAUGAGGUCUAAUAAACUCGAAACUGUUAACUAAUUGCUUAUUAAAAGAUCCAAUACUUCGGCACACUUUUUAUUGCCAAUAAUGGAAGAAACAGUUUGACUCACAACAAUUUAUAGAUCACUUUCUGGAAUCGCACUCUAAUUUCUUGGAAUUUUCAUGAUUUUAUUGGUCGAUUGAAUUUAAUAGAAAAAAAACUAUGAAUAAUUAUUCAAACAUUGAUUGAAUACCAAUAAAUUUUUUAAACCUAAUCACUAAUAGCUUAAUGUUUUAAUUAAUUGGUGAUUAAGUAUUUAAUAGAAAGUUCUAGUCAAUAAAUACACCACUUGUCUAGGACUUUUCGAGCAAGUGAAACCUGUUAAUAGACCCAAAUAUAGUUUAAUCAAUUCAUUAGACUAACCGAAAAAAUUUUUUAACAACCUUUUGUCAGUCAAAAAAGAGAAUUAAUUAACUCAAAGAUAAAAAAUUAAGAUAUUUCAGUGAAAGAAGUAAAAAAUGAAAUUUAUAUGCAGAAGAUAAGAGAAAGAAACGUGCCAAAAAUAAAGUAAAAAUUGUGUCAGAAGUAUUGAGUGACAAUUAAAGUGAAAAAAAUAAUAUUUUUUUUUAAUAAAAAAAAAAAAGAGACACAGAUAUUAUCACUCUGAAGGUGGUCCAUGCAGAUAAAAUCAAUUUGUUUUUGUCAAACAGACUGCAUGCAUUGACUUUCUACCUUGUGUUUCAUUCCCACCCUAUUACAUAAAAUAUCAAUGUCCAAAAGUGGUUUAUGAGAACUCGUUUUUCCGCCUCAUUGGGGAGUCUUGAGCAGGCGUAUGAAUCCUGAGAGCUACUUACACAUAACACACUUGGAGGACAUACAGGGAGAAUACGGGAAGUGAGGAGUACAGCGAUCUGGGCCAUGGACCUGGGGACUCAGACCCCACCCCAUGUUGAAUUGCGAUCGCUUUGGUCCCUCUUUGCGCAGUAGACAUGUACGGGAGAAUUACUUUGGCGCUCUACUCACCACAGUUUCAUCCGCACGAAGUCUUUACUAGGUGAACACGCGAUUCGUCCCAGGGUCCAGUAUCAAUCGUGUACUCCAACAUCAAAGAACCCUCCUAAAGAACAGAAGAAUAAAAAUUAAUCCAAUUCUAAUCAAUAGCCAUCAUCAUCAAGAACUAUUUAGUGUUUCGAAAUUAGAAUAAAAACUUUUUUUUCUAUUAUUAAGUAGUGUUUUUGAUUUAUUUUAAUUUUGGUGACAAUACAAUAAGCAAAGGAGGGUGCAGAGUUUAAUAAAAGAGUGUGAAAGAUGGGGCGGUUUAUUAUCCUGCUCCUCUUGGGGUUAAUCACGCUUGGAUAUGCAACAAAAUGUCCACAACAAAGAGUGUCUCCUGGGAGAGAGAUUUUGUGCUAUACAUCAAGUUUAAACAUCAAAGUCUUAGAGAAUUCAAUUUGCAGAUGUACGACACUUGUCCACCAAGGUCAUGAUCUUCAAGAUCUAGGAAAAACUGGUCUUGAAGAUUUGCGUAAAUCCUUGAAGCAAUUGAAUCAUGCGCUCCAGUUUGUCAUCAGUAUAAACGAUGCUCGAGGCAUCUUGAAGACUUCUGCGGAUUCUAGACAAGAAGCAAUAGCACGAAUUAUUGGAAUAACGAAUCAAAUUGAUGGUGUUGAGCUCAACGUGACUGCAGGUUCUAAAGAGCGUCUGGUUCAUUUCAUUCAGGGGUUGAAGAAAGAGAUGGUGAGAAAAUCUCGAGAGAAAAGAAUUAUAAUAGCUUUGCCAACUAAAGCUGAACUGUUGGCUAAACAUUAUGACAUCAAAGAACUUUCCAAAUAUGUCGACUUGUUUUCUAUCCCGACUCAUUACUUGAUGGAUGACAAGGAUAACUACCAUACUUUCCACCCAUCUAGGCUCAUGGGACUGUUUGAUCUUCUAAACACUGAUAGCCUAGUUGAUCUUGUUCAUGGCCUUGGUGCUGUCAAGAGGAAAAUUCUCGUUUCCUUACCCGCUAGUGGAUACAAGUUUACCCUGAAGAUCAAGGAUCAAAACACUCCGAGCUCACCAGCUGAAGACAAGAUGCCAAUCAUGCUAGAUAGAGUUCAACUUUGUAAUGAAAUUUUACAAGGAGAGUGGACUAUUGAAAGAGAUGAAGAUCUUACUGCUCCUUAUGCCUUUAAGAAUGAUUCCUGGAUUGCUUUCGAAGAUAAAAUAUCGUCCAAAAUUAAGGGAAAAUAUAUUCUACUAAGAGAUCUUGCGGGGAUAGGAGUUAGAAAUAUUGAAAAUGACUUGCCAAAUGAUUGUGGAAAGACUGUUACUGAAGAUAUUUAUCACUCAUUUACUACAAAUCAGAGAAAGUCACGUGAAGCUGUGCUUAUGUCAUUGGAAGAUGAUAUUUAUAACUCAGAAGUUGUAUAUCCAAGUAACUUAAAGUCUUCUGACUUUAAAAUCGCUCGUAUUGUUGAUACUCAGGGCAAUAUUCACGCUGUUCGUGAAAAUACUCACACUGAAUUUUCAUGUCCAAAACAAGGAUAUUAUGUUCAUCCGAAAAGUUGCAACAGAUUUUAUCGAUGUGUCAAGUUUAAUCAGCAAAUAGAACAAUACAGCAUUUUUGAAUUCGACUGUCCGGCUGGACUAGCUUUUGAUGAAACAACAGAAGUGUGUGUUUGGCCUGGAUCACUUCCUCAAGGGUCAGCAUGUCCCGGAAGUCCUGAAAUAGCUCCUUCAGGUGCAAGACGAUUCCACUGUCCAGGAGAAGGUUAUUACGCUGAUCCACAAAAUUGUAGAUGGUUCUUUGCUUGCAUGGAUCUAGGAGCAGAAAAAAUGAUGGCAUAUGAAUUCCAAUGUCCUUAUGGAUUAGUAUUUGACGAACAUAAAUUGGCUUGUGAAUGGCCUUGGUUAGUUCCUAAAUGUGCAGGAACUGGCUACGAACGUAAAGACUAUGGAAACGAAGGAGGACAGAGUGGUCAUAAAGGACAAGGUGGUUAUGAUGGUCAUGGAGGACAGGGUGGAUAUGAUGGCCAUGGAGGGCAAGGUGGUUAUGGUGGUCAUGGAGGGCAAGGUGGUACUGAUGGUCAUGGAGGGCAAGGUGGAUAUGAUGGUCAUGGAGGGCAAGGAGGUUAUGAUGGACAUGGAGGUCAAGGUGGUACUGAUGGUCAUGGAGGGCAAGGUGGAUAUGAUGGUCAUGGAGGGCAAGGAGGUUAUGAUGGACAUGGAGGACAAGGUGGAUAUGAUGGUCAUGGAGGACAGGGUGGAUAUGAAGGCCAUGGAGGACAAGGUGGUACUGAUGGUCAUGGAGGGCAAGGUGGUACUGAUGGUCAUGGAGGGCAAGGUGGUACUGAUGGUCAUGGAGGGCAAGGUGGAUAUGAUGGUUAUGGAGGGCAGGGUGGUACUGAUAGCCAUGGAGGGCAAGGUGGAUAUGAUGGCCAUGGAGGACAAGGUGGUACUGAUAGCCAUGGAGGGCAAGGUGGUACUGAUGGUCAUAAAGGACAAGAGGGCUAUGGUGGUCAUGGAGGGCAAGGUGGUACUGAUGGUCAUGGAGGACAGGGUGGAUAUGAUGGUCAUGGAGGGCAAGGUGGAUAUGAUGGUCAUGGAGGGCAAGGAGGUUAUGAUGGACAUGGAGGGCAAGGUGGUACUGAUGGUCAUGGAGGACAGGGUGGAUAUGAUGGUCAUGGAGGACAGGGUGGAUAUGAUGGCCAUGGAGGACAAGGUGGUACUGAUGGUCAUGGAGGGCAAGGAGGUUAUGAUGGACAUGGAGGGCAAGGUGGUUAUGAUGGUCAUGGAGGACAAGGUGGUUAUGAUGGACAUGGAGGUCAAGGUGGUACUGAUGGUCAUGGAGGGCAAGGUGGAUAUGAUGGUCAUGGAGGGCAAGGUGGAUAUGAUGGACAUGGAGGACAAGGUGGUUAUGAUGGACAUGGAGGACAGGGUGGAUAUGAUGGUCAUGGAGGACAGGGUGGAUAUGAUGGCCAUGGAGGACAAGGUGGUACUGAUGGUCAUGGAGGGCAAGGUGGUACUGAUGGUCAUGGAGGGCAAGGUGGAUAUGAUGGUCAUGGAGGGCAAGGAGGUUAUGAUGGACAUGGAGGACAAGGUGGAUAUGAUGGUCAUGGAGGACAGGGUGGAUAUGAAGGCCAUGGAGGACAAGGUGGUACUGAUGGUCAUGGAGGGCAAGGUGGAUAUGAUGGUCAUGGAGGACAGGGUGGAUAUGAUGGUCAUGGAGGACAGGGUGGAUAUGAUGGCCAUGGAGGACAAGGUGGUACUGAUAGCCAUGGAGGGCAAGGUGGUACUGAUGGUCAUAAAGGACAAGAGGGCUAUGGUGGUCAUGGAGGGCAAGGUGGUACUGAUGGUCAUGGAGGACAGGGUGGAUAUGAUGGUCAUGGAGGGCAAGGUGGAUAUGAUGGUCAUGGAGGGCAAGGAGGUUAUGAUGGACAUGGAGGGCAAGGUGGUACUGAUGGUCAUGGAGGACAGGGUGGAUAUGAUGGUCAUGGAGGACAGGGUGGAUAUGAUGGCCAUGGAGGACAAGGUGGUACUGAUGGUCAUGGAGGGCAAGGAGGUUAUGAUGGACAUGGAGGGCAAGGUGGUUAUGAUGGUCAUGGAGGACAAGGUGGUUAUGAUGGACAUGGAGGUCAAGGUGGUACUGAUGGUCAUGGAGGGCAAGGUGGAUAUGAUGGUCAUGGAGGGCAAGGUGGAUAUGAUGGACAUGGAGGACAAGGCGGUUAUGAUGGACAUGGAGGACAGGGUGGAUAUGAUGGUCAUGGAGGACAGGGUGGAUAUGAUGGCCAUGGAGGACAAGGUGGUACUGAUGGUCAUGGAGGGCAAGGUGGUACUGAUGGUCAUGGAGGGCAAGGUGGUUAUGAUGGCCAUGGAGGACAAGGUGGUUAUGAUGGCCAUGGAGGUCAAGACGGCAAUGAUGGUCAUGGUGGACACGAUAAUCAAGGCAGUCACGGCUAUGAUAGUCAUGAUGAACAUGGCAAUACUGAUUAUGAUAAUGAAGGUCAUGUUAAUCACGACAUCGAUAAUGGCCAAGGCCAUCCAGGAGAUUAUGACAAUCAUGAAGGUAAUCAAGGCGAACAUGAUGGAUAUGAUAAUACGAAAGGUGGUCCUGAUAAUCAAUAUGAUCAUAACAAUGAAGGUGCUCAUGAAGAAAAAGAUGAACAUCAUGAAAGCCAUGAUGACAACGGGCAUGAUGGUUAUGAUGAACAUCAAGGUGGCGGAAGCUAUGGUGGAUACGACGAAUCUUCUAAAGGCGGUGAUAAAUCAUAUGAUGGCCAUAGUGGUGGUAAUGAUUAUGAGAUAAAAAAAACAGAUCAUGGCCAUGCAAAUGGUUUUAAUUAUAAUCAAGGAGGAUAUGACGAGAAAGGACACGGUGGCUAUGAUUAUUCUUCUCCAGAUAGUAAACAUUACGACGGUCAAGGUAGUGAUGACAACUACGAUAAAAAAGAACAUCCAACUGGAUAUGAUAAACAUAAAGGCGGUUCCGCAGUAACAGGACAUGGAGUUACUGUCGAAGUAAUACGUCACGGUGGCUAUGAUGGAUCUCAAGAUAAAAAACAUGAAGAAGAUCAUAUUAAUAAAGGAUACGAUGGAAAGGAUCAAGGUCAUGGCAUAGAAAAAGGCAUUAAGCAUCCAGGAUACGAUUAUCCUAUUUCCGUAGAUCACGAAACGACUUUAGGACACGAAGAGAAGAAUAUAAAUAUUCACGGUGACUUUGGAGCAAAAACGACACGUGGAUUUUCUCAAAGCUAUGCUACGUCCGGCGGUUUCACACCAUCCUUUAAAAGUACAGGCCAAGAUACUCCAUCAAUAUUACACAGCGGAUAUACUCCAUCUGAUGGUUCUAGUCACACCUUUGGAUACACGUCUAAAGCUAACAGCUAUACACAGCAUGAAGGAAAUCAUGGGCAUUAUCCUAAUACUGUAACAGGAUCUCAUGUAACUCCAGCAGUAGAAAUUGGAGGUAAGCCAUCGCUAACGACUUCACAUGACUCUACAAUUUACCGAGGCGAUUCUGGAAGAUUUACUGGAAGUUCUGGCACCGUUUUAACAAGUCCUCAUCAAGGUGUAGGUAUUAUUAGUGGAGUUACUCAAACAGAAUUGAUUCAUACUCAUUCUGGAGCAGCGAAUACUGCUGGAUAUUCAAUUAAUCAUGGAAUAAAUACAGAUUACGGUAAAUCUACAGUUCCGCAUUUUGGAGUUCAUGGCACUACUCCAACAAACGUAAUUCCUGACGUAUAUAUUCAAGGUCACACAACAACAAAAAUCAUUCCAGGAUCUAAAAUUACUACUGGCAAUGAAUAUUACACUAAUCAAGCUCAUAAAAUUUCGACUGAUGGAUAUACGACUAAGAAUAAAAAUGGCUAUUCUUUUGGUGGUUCCUCAGCAGUUCCAGGAACUCAAUUUUACACAAAACAAACUCCAGCAUUAUAUUCUCAAGGAUUUACAAAGGAAAAUAAAAAUGAGGCUGGAAUUACUUUAGGAGACUAUUCAACACCUCAAGACAAUAAAUAUUACACAAAUCAAGCAAGCCUAUCAUUCACUGGCUCAAUUAAAUCAAAUGAACAAGGUUUUACUCCUUCAAUGUCUGUUUCUGUUACUGGAAAUCAAUAUCAUCCUAACCAAGCUGGCGAAUCUUUUACUAGUAAUAAAAUUGCCAAAACUCCAUUAAUAUAUACGCCUAUUUCUUACACGUCCAGUGAUAAAUAUCCCACAAACGAUAUAAAAACAUCUACUCCAACCUCUGGAUACCAAAAAACUCCCUCAAAACUUGGCACGACAUCGUCUAUAAAUUAUUCCGGUUCAGGAAAUCGUUACUAUACAAACCAAGCAGGAUAUAACACAAAUAUUGGCUUUUCAACAUCUUCAGGGUCUCUUUUUACUCCAAAACAAUCAAUAACAUCGAGUGGAAACCAGUAUCAUACAAAUCAAGCAGUAAUUCCUACUCCUAGUGGUCCUGAAGAAAUCCCUAUUACAUCAGUAAAUGAUGGUAGUGGAUACAGGACAAAUGAAUACCAUGACAAUGGAGGUCGUGGUACGAUUCGUUAUAACAAUGGCGUAGUAACACAUAAAUAUACAGAGGAUGAUAUCAGAGAUCAUCGGGCCGGAUUUACAGAUCUCCCACCAACGGAAGUUACUGAGGCUAGUACAUUUACGUCACUUAAUAGCGGUGGAGUGUAUACAAAAGGUGGAUUCACCAAAACAGGACCAACUAAGACAGGAAUUACUACUGCACAAGUGGGCGGAUCUGGAUCGUAUGUUGCUGGAGAUAUUUCAAUGAGACCAACAGCAAAACCUGAUGAAAUUGGAGAAAAUGCUUUUGGAACUGUUUCCAAGGGUAUUUUUGGAAAGAUUAACUCUCUUUCUUAUUCUACUCCUUCAAGUAAUAUUGAUGGAUCUUAUGUCAUUGAUAAUUCAAAAAUGACUGGUACACAGUCGAGCGUUAUAUCCUCUGGUUAUUCAUAUGAUAUCCCAGAAAAUAAGUUGAAUAUCUAUUCUACAGAUGCUCCAGUUCCUCAAACUUACACAGACUCUUCUCCUCCAUACUUAGAUAUCAAAGUUUACAAUAUGAAAGAGACAACGACACCUUCUCCAUCUAUCAAUAUUCAAUCUCAUUCAAUUACUUCGCAUAAUCUUGAUGGAUUACAUGCCACGGGCUUUUCAAGAAUAUCUGGAACACAAUCUCCAGGGCAUUCAUACGAUAAUGCGCGAAAUCAAUUUAAUACUCGUCCUACUGUAGCUCCUGUUUCGCCACAAGGUCAUUCAUCUCCCUACUUCGAUAUUCAAGUCUACAAUAGGAAGGGUAUUUCAACGCCUUCUCCAACCACAACAUCACCAGAUACUGUUAAUACUCACUCCUACGCGAAGUCAACGAGUUCUCAGUACCAGGAGACUAUGUAUCAGUCAGGAAAGUCAUCGCAUGCUGCCUCUACUGGAGAAUAUUUCAAACCUACACCUCAGAGAAAGUACCCCACUGUUUCAUCGACCGCUCAACCCGUCGGCUAUACUACUGGACCUUUGAAUAGUUAUAAAACCACUUUAUUCAAUGCUGCUAAAAUACCUGUUACUGUUCCUAUCGCUCGACCAGUUUUCGAUGCUAAUCGUAAGACUGUCAUAUCAACAACAGAAAUACCAGUUCCAAUAGAGGGUGCAAAUUAUGAUUACAAAGGAAAUGAUUUUAUUGGAUCUAUUGCAACUAAAGAUGAAUCCUUCCUUAAUGUUGGAGUUAAUUUCGAACAACCAUCAGGACCUGUGGGUCCUUCAGCUGCUGGAAAAGUCACUUCUUCAGUUAACUAUCAAUAUUCUACUCAAUCGCAAGAUGUUGCGGAUAAAUACACUGAGUUAGAAGAAGUUGGCUCUUUGGGAUAUUCUCUAGGUAAUGUUGACGGUGACUUUGGAUAUAAAAUAAACCAAGAAAGUGGAAAAAGCUCUAUAGAUGAUCAUCUUACUAUUAAUAUUCAACCACAGGGUUUCAAACGACCAAGUACAGUUUCCCCGUUAAACAAAGAAACAUAUAAUAGACCUAUUGAAAUUGGAGGCAGUUAUAAAGACUCAUCGAAAUCUAAGGAGAGUUUCGAUGGAUAUAAAUAUACUAAACCAACAAAAGAGUUCAAUAGUGGAUCAGUUGCAGCAAUAAAAGACUCUUCUACACUCUCUCCAUCUCAAUCAGUCACGACUUCACCCAAUUUCAAUAUUGGUAUCUACAAUAACGAAGUAACCAAGCCAGAAAUUAAUUAUAACCGAGGAAAUGCGAAAUAUACUCCUUCUGAUGAAUACGAUGAUACUAAAUUUUCUUCAGGACUUUCGAAAACUACAACUUAUGAUUACACUACCACUUCAAGGUUUAGAGAACACGAAGGAAUUGAAGUAAAUAUAAACAAUCAAGAAAAAAGUGAAUUAACUACACCUAAAAGUUCUAUAUCUGAGCUUUCAAGAUUCUCUCCAUCAAUUCCAUCACAGAGACCAUCUUUAGGAGCUCAAACAAGAACUUCAACUUAUUCUCCACCCGUUACAACGUAUUCUGGUAAUUACAAAAAAAGUUCUACGACUCCCAACUACCCAGUGAUGACCAAAUCGAGUCAAGAAUCAAUAAGCAAAGGCAAAGGGAAAGUAAUUGUGAAAUUGAGUGAUCUACAUCCAGUUCUACUUGGUAAACUAAGUGCUGAAUGUACGUGUAAAGCAGAUCCAUUUGCUAGUUUCCGUGGAAAUAAGCCACUGCUGAUAGAAUCAGACAAAGGAAAGGUUGAUCUUAGAAAUUAUGAUGAAUCUGAUGUUUACGUAGACCUAGAAAAUAGCAAAGAGUUAAAUAAUUAUGGUGAAGAAGUAGAAACUGCUGUUUAUCGAUCAUCAACUCCAUCAGUAUUAAUAUCCACCCACGAAAAUCCGGUUGUUAAAUUUAAUGAAGCUGUUAAGUCUAGGAGACCUGCUUCUACUUAUCUACCAGUUGCUUCUACACCUCGACCUCCAUCUUCAACCUACCUACCAUCCACUACAGCUUCUUCGCUGCUUCGAGUAUCUGCUAGUGACAUAGAAGCAAGUUCUUACUCUUCUCGUGCUCGAUCUCGAAGUGGAAAGAGUCUAGGGUCUUCAAGGUCAAACAAUUUAUCGAAAGAAAAAGCUUCUGAUCGUACCGACUUCGGAGAAAUCGGAGUACUUGAAUUGAACCCAGAGGGAAGAGCUGAAUGUGCUCGACCUGGACUCUUUAGACAUCCUAAGCACUGUAAUAAAUUUUAUGCUUGUCAUUGGGAUGAUUGGAAGAAGAAAUUUACUCUUCACAUAUUCAACUGUCCAAUCCAUUUGACCUUUGAUAGUAGUGCUGGUGCUUGUAAUUGGCCUAGCAAGGGCCCAGCUUGUCAAGAUGAUAAUCUUCUUAUUUGAAACAUCUGAUUGGAAGAGUUUUAAAAGCUCUAUUGAGGCCUAUCAUUACACUGAGAAAAUAAAAUUUAAUGUGAAUAAGAUGACACAUAAAUAGAUAAAAAUACAAAUAUAUAUUUAAAAUAAUUAUAAUAAUUAUACCUGAUUGAUAUGAUUCGAAUGAUUAAGUGAACGAAUUUUUUUCCCAGUGUACUUGAUCUUCAAUUCCACUUCUAUUAAUUCUGGGUCAUCAUCCUAAUAUACAUUCACGCCCAACGUCUUCCAGUCUCUAGGUAUUCAUUUCUGUAUUGUUUGACGACAGACAAAGCAAGCAUAGUAAUUUUGGCGAAUGUCUCUGAAGAGUAUGGUAAAUAAAUGGAAGAUUGUACACGUCUUGUAUUAUGCGGUUUGUAUAAUAAACUGAAUUUUGAAUCGAGUAGGUUGAUGGUAAGUAGCGCGAAAGCGUUACUGUCGCCUCGAGUGAAAGUCGAUCGAAAUCUACAUUGACUUGAUCAUUCAGCUAAAACUGACACGCUCUAUUCAAUAAAAAUAUUAUGAAUCGGAAAUUUAAUAACUAUUAAUUUUAUAUAUGAUUAAUUCGACUUUUAAAGUGUACUUGUGUAAAUAAUACCAUCAUUGAAUAACUUUUAUAAUUAUUAUAAAGAAAAUAACUAAUUUUAUAGAGAAAUAUAUAAUUAUUUUUUUUUAUUAGAAAAGAAUUUUCAAUUAAAGCUGUCUUCAUUUUCCUAUCAACACAUCUGGUUGAUUUAAUGUCUUCGAAAGUAAUUAUGUUCUUUGAUGAGAUUAUUGAUGAACAAUUAAUUAAUCAUUGAGAAAAUAGAUUUUUAGCCCAAGGAUUUUUUAUCUUAUUUUCCAUCA